AUGGCAAGCAAUGGCCAGCUUCUCACCGAGGGCUCACGUGCACAAUACUUGCUUGAUAUUACUUUCUACGGCCCAACUCUAUUCCCUAUCCUCUUCGCUGCUAUUGUUGGUCGUGCAUUAAAGGCUCUGGCAACAUGGGAACUACAGAAAGGCUCUACCAUAGGCAAGUAUCUCUUCGUAGGUCACAUCGAAACACUUUCUGGCAGUACUACUCUGAUAGGAGCCAUUGUUACCCAGAUCCAACUGAGAAACCUCAAUCUUGUUGCCAUUUCUCUUAUCUUGCUAUGGGCACUUUCUCCAGUCGGUGGCCAAGCAUCACUUCGACUCUUGCGGCCAGGGACUAGGACAACCAAGACAAGUCAUCAAGUCUAUGCUUUAGACCCAGAGUCGUCGUGGGAAGCUGGCAGCAGCAAUCACUAUCCAAUGUUGACACACACCAUCUUUACGUCCUCGCUGAUCACGUCAAAAAUGCUCUAUAACAAGCCACAAGAUAGCUGGGGUAACCUGCGUAUACCUAUGGUCGAAGCCUUCGACAACUAUCAGAACCAUGAAUGGGUCAAAAUCUCAGACGAUGUUACCAACGUAACGUUUUCGUCUCUAAUAGGUAUUCCAGUCAACCCGGGACUGCCCAGCGAGCCGACCUUUCUCACACUCAAUACGUCUUACAUGUACCUGGACUGUCCGACUUUUCAUACCAGUCCCAGGGAACUUGGGAAACCGCCCAUAGAGGAGUACAAAACACCUCAGUGGACCAACUUUACGGCUGACCCUCCUUCACUUGAGAAUCCCAAUAACACAUGGCUACAUUAUCAUACCUUUCUGGGAGAUAGUGGGCCUAUUGUGGCGAACGGCUUCCAAAUAGCUAUGAGCAGUUGUUUAUGGGGCUGUUCUGAGUCGCUAAAGCCACGGGAGGCUCGUAGGGUCAUUUGGGAGUCAGCCUCUAACAGGUCCUUCGCACACAUUGAUUGUACUCUACAUACUACUUAUGUGGACGUGAGAUAUGAUUGUCGCAAUGCAUCCUGUUCUCCAAUUGAAGUGCGUUUGUCACCCAAUGAGCCAGAUCCCAGUCACUUCAGCAACCACUUUCCGUCUGAAGGCAAUCCUCACGAUCCGUGGAACAGUCGCAACUUCACCGGCUUUGACAAGGGCUAUGAAAAUAUUCCCUCGAACUUUCUGAUUCUGAUGACCACUGCUUUUCGAAUGAUGAGCGUUGGCGCUUUAGUCCCUGUUUUAGGCUUCAUACUUUCUCCGAAUGACACAACGACAGUUCCUCCCGACGGCGUGUUUUACGAAGAUGUCACUGGUAUCGGCAGAGCAAAAUUUCAAGAGAGACUAUCGCAGUUGUUUAAUACAUUGUUCCUCGCCGGUAUCGAACCAUCUGUUAUUGUAGGUACGAUGCCAGUUAUGGAAAAAGAGCAAUACUUUGCUACAUCAACACAUACAGCUGAGACGAUAAUAACAGAGAAGAUCCUUUUAUGCGACAAGGCGUGGUUUGCAACUAUGAUAGUUAUCUGUAUUAUCGUCUUGGUCAUAUCUCUCUCUGGGGCAGGUUUUCGAGCCGUAACGCUUGUGCCAGAUGUCUUGGGAACAUUAUCCAUCAUCACUCUGGAUAAUCGAUGCGAGAAGGAUUUACAGAAGGCGUCGAUGCUCGAUGGUCUUGAGCGCUCCCGUCUACUCAAGAAUGUGAGCAUCAAGCUGGGAAAUGCAAAGCAGGAUAGCCCUUGUGGCCGUAUUGGCUUCGCAGCACCGGCAAAUGAUGAAAAUAUAGUUCAACUACAGGAAAAUGGGAUAUACGAGUAG